AUGGCGAAAUUGUCAAGUAAGCGCGAUCGAAUUUGCAACGAUGGCGAGACAAGCCGUCACGUGCAUGGUGCACAGUGCAGUUCGGCGAGUUACGGACCGGGAAUUGUGCACUCUUUUAACGCUUUUACCCUCACGACUACUGUAUGGAAAACAUUUGCUGGCUUCAAGGAACGGCUAAGUAUCUGGAAUCUUCCACUCCCCCCCGAUAUCAUGAAUCACAUCAUCGACACCUACAACGACAUUCCCACAGACAUCCCUACAAUUAUCGCUCUAAUCCAAUCGUAUCCAGUUCUCCAAGAGCUUUGCCUCUCAAAGUUAUUUCAAAACUUGUAUAUCAGCUGUAUGGCAGGCAGGACCUUUCCUGACUUCGAGUUUUUGGCCCAUGUGAUUCAAGUAUAUCCCUUCCUUCUCGACCGAGUGAAAUCUCUUACGUUGGAAGGACCAUUCGAGCGCAAGCAAUUGACUGGCAGCUCUUACGUUCUCUCGCAGAUUACAGAACGGAGUCACAACCUUGUGCGCCUUAGUCUCGCCCACAGCAUCAGAACAUGGGAGGAAAGCGAUGAAACCUUGCGGAAACACAUUCUCUGUCUUCUAUCUCAGAACCGCCUGCACACCGUCAAACUGUGCUUCUACUGGAUUCCCAUCGAGCUGUUACAUGAUCUUCCGGAUCUCAAGCGACUCGAGGUAGACCGUUUCCCAAACCGUCCAGCUUUGGAUGUUGUGCCGGUUCAGGCGCGUCAAGUGAAGGUGGAGGAGCUUGCACUCAUAGACGAGCGCAUUCUUCUUCCCAAAUCGCCAUUCGACUUCUCUACCUUAAAGGUGUUUGAGGUGCACAGAGGUUAUAUGUCGGAUAUCCAGGAGAUUAUCAACAUAUCUGCUGCCUCACUUCGCAAGUUGGUCCUUGAUGUUUGCAAUAGUCAGAGUGCGUAUUGUGUUUUCCCUCCAACAAACAUCAUGAUGAAUCGGGGGCCAACAGAUAUUAAUCUUGGCGUCCUCUCCUGCCUCGAACACAUCACAUUAACUGUCCAAAUUGAAUCUUUUUCUUCACUGCAUCUCCCAAAUGGCGAUGUUAUUCAACAAACUUAUCUCCCCCUACCACCGGCCCAACUCCAACUCAUCCUGAAAACGUUGGCGACAUGUAAUCCCCACAACAGCAUCAGGGAGAUUCGCCUUGUCAUCAGCCCAUUGAAUUUAGAAGAUUUGGGUCCAUGUGAUUGGCUUUCCUUGGACUCAUUUUUCGAGCAUCCAGAGACUUGGAAAGCAUUGAACGAAAUGUCGAUUUUCACAGUUCAGCACGGUGCAAAUAUUCACGAAGUCCUUUCUGAACAUUUAUGGGAGCAGAUUGAGCAUAUCAAACUGCCUUGUCUAAAAGGAAGGGGAGUGACUGUCAACUGGCGUCAGUAUGCGCCUGUUACAAUGAACGUGUCCCCUCAUUCACUCGGGUGGACAGGGACCCUCGCAAACACGCGAGGUCUUCGAAUUACAAGUACCUACCUAAAUACGUCGUAA